AUGACCCUAUUUGCAAGGCUAUACCAACUUCAGUCGAGAAGAAUGAUUUCUUCCAUUUCUUCUUUCUCCGCCCUAACUGUGUUACGUCCGCAAACCAGCAUGAUUAUGAAUAGUUCACCAUUGAAGACUAUGUCAUUAACUACAUUUGGAUUUGGCUUCAUUGAUCAAAGGAGAUGGAAGUCUAGGGGUAACACCUAUCAACCUAGUACGCUGAAACGGAAAAGAACAUUUGGGUUCUUAGCGAGAGCAAAGAGCAAACAGGGUUCUAAGAUAUUGAAGAGGAGAAAGCUUAAAGGUAGGUGGUUUUUAUCACAUUAA